AUGACCGAGCGAGAAUUCGCCAACAUCUUCACGUUCGCCAAGGGCUUCGAAGCUUCUACUCUGAAGAUUCCUUCGAGUGGUCAGAAUGGAGGAUCAGCUGCGAAGAUCAAACAGAUCAUUGGAUUUGCUAAGUUCCGCACGCGCGCCGAAGCUCUCGAAGCUCGUGAUGCGCUGAAUGGGCGCAAGAUCGACGCUGAGCGCGGCUGCGUACUGAAGACUGAAAUGGCCAAGAAGAAUCUGCACACCAAGCAGCCGACAACUGGCUUCUCGCGUCCGCGCUCUCGACACGACAGUGUCGGCGCGAGAUCGGCAUCGAUUGGCAACUUGUCCAGUCCCACCUCUCCUCUCUCGAGUCCAUCAAGCCGAUCCUUCUCCAUCGACACCAAUCCACCUGGCAACACUCUCUUCGUCGGGAACUUGCCUCAGAGCAGCUCUGCAGGCGCACUCGCUGCGCAGCUUGAAGAGCGGCUUCGCUCAGCCUUUAGUGUCAAGCCUGGUUAUAGACAGCUAAGUUUCCGCGUCAAAGUUGGCGGGCCAAUGUGCUUCGUCGAGUUUGACAGCGUGCAAUCCGCUGGACAAAGCCUCGCCGAGCUCAAUGGCGAUACUCUGGGAGGGGCCGUACGGAAUGGUGGCCUUCGGCUCAGUUUCUCCAAAAAUCCCCUGUUCCGGAGCACGCUUCCUGGCGCAGCUGGCAUUAGCUCUGGAAAUAUUGGUAGCUCGGGCGACCGAUCUCCGGCCUCGCCACCUCUUGGGCACGGCCAGCUCAGUCUUGCUCAAGCGAGUGCUACCUUAGUGAGUUGCCGAUAA